AUGCUUAUAUGGCCUGAAAAAGCCGUUGGAUGCUCGGUGAAUGCUCCGACUUAUGGCGCAUGCUUGGAGGUUUGGAAGCAUCAGUUGUGUUUGCCAUGUGUUUUUUGCACUAAAAUUCAUAGGUGAAGUGUUGGCGGUGCUCAAAUCUUUAUUAAAUUUACAAAACAAAACCACAAAUUUAGGGUAAUUUUUCUGAAAGAAAAAGCCGGAAUUUUCUCCCGACUUUUCGGGUUGACGAAAGUUCGGAUCAACAAAAAAACUGGUCGAUUAAGCGAAGUAGGCAGGUGGUGAUCAGAGAUUGCCACGGUCAAAAUUUCGGCCCCGGCUCCGGCUCUUAGCUCCCAGAGCGGGAGCCGAGGCCGAAUUUAAAGCUCCGGCUCCGGCUCCCGGCUCCCAUAAAAAAUUUAAAAAGGUCUCCGGCUCCGAAUCACGGCUCUCAUAAAAAAAAUUUUUUUUUAAAUAUUUUUUCAAAAAUAAAUGUUAUUGGUGCCAGAGAUCAGAAAACGAACGUUUUUGCAGCCAAGUCGUAUGCAACAAAAAGAUCACGAAGUUUUUACUUUUCUGACCGCUGAGAAGCCUGGCUCCGGCUCCCGGCUCGGAGCCGGAGCCGCUCAGAGCCGGAGCCAAGAGCCGGCUCCGGAGCCGUGGCAAUCUCUGGUGGUGAUUCAAAAAAAUUUUGUAGAAUGUGUCUAG